GAUUGGGCAGUUUCAAUAGUCGCGGGCUACUUGAACUAAACCACAAUUUCGCUUUAAGAUCCAGUAAACAGAAAGAAGCUAAGCAAGAAAGCGAUUUUAAUCUAGCGGUUAGGGAUAUAGGGAUCAGUGCAUUUUACACCAUUACCGACUCGGUGAAUAUGGAGGGGUAAAGGCGUUGGCAACCGCCUAAGAAAUAUUGCUAAGGAGUUCAUUUAGCUAGCUAUGUGCUUUUAGAUUCUUUUGCUUAUUUUGCUUAGCUAGAUAUAUAGCACGACGUGCUAACAAGCAACUGAAGCUUAGCUAGUUGGUUUUGCUUGCCUGGAUGGUGCUUGUUUUAACGUUAGCUGUUUUGGUAUUGUUUCCUUGUUUUAAAGAUCAUAACUGACGCGCGACCUGAUAGUUUUAUUUUAAAGCUUACUAUUGCCAUUCUUGAUCCAUCUAACGUUAGCUAUUUUUGAGCGCAUAAUAAUGGCAUCGACUAAUCGAGGACAAGGAGGCGCGAUUGAGAAUACAGGGCUAGACCACCCGAAUCAAGAAAACAUGCUUUCAAGAUUAAGACAAAUGAAAAAUACCACCGAAAAUCAGGAGAACGAGAAUCCUAAGCAAUCUAAAAGGACAGUUUUGGGAGUACUGCAGAACAACACACGAAGCAAGUCACAGUUGCAACGCGGCGCAAAACAGGGUGCUUCCUCUCAAGAGUCCUGCAAAAAUGACGAUUCUGCGAAAGGUCUGGCAGAGAGAGCGGGAUGCAAACAACCUGCUUUCCAGAUCCAUAUGGAUGAACCUGAUGGCGCCUGUGCAAGGAAGCCAGUUCCGAAAACCAAGUCUCCUGUGGAGAGCCCCCUUAAACUAAACCCUUCUGUUGUUCGCCUUAGACAGCCCCUUGCCACUAUCGACAUAUCUAUGGAUGUAGGCUUUGAUUCUCCAAUGGAUAUGUCGGUAGUUGAGGCUGAAGAGAAACCUGCCAACACAAAUGAAGUAUCAGUUUAUGCUGCUGAAAUUCAUAAGCAUUUAAGGGAAAUGGAGUUGAAGUGCAGGCCUAAAGCUGGUUACAUGAAGAAGCAGCCGGACAUCACAAACAGCAUGCGGGCCAUUCUCGUUGACUGGCUGGUCGAGGUUGGUGAGGAGUACAAGCUCCAGAACGAGACCCUUUACCUGGCGGUCAACUAUAUCGACCGCUUCCUGUCCUCCAUGUCAGUUCUGAGGGGCAAACUGCAGCUUGUUGGGACUGCAGCCAUGCUGCUAGCUUCGAAAUUUGAAGAGAUCUAUGCGCCAGAGGUGGCAGAGUUUGUUUACAUCACAGAUGACACUUACACAAAGAAGCAGGUGUUGAGGAUGGAGCACCUCGUUCUCAAAGUGCUGUCUUUUGAUCUUGCUGCUCCAACCAUCAAUCAGUUUCUCACCCAGUACUUCCUAUAUCAGCCAGUUGACAACAAGGUCGAGAGCCUGUCGAUGUUUCUUGGAGAAUUGAGUUUGGUUGACUCCGACCCUUUCCUGAAGUAUCUUCCAUCCCAGACCGCUGCGGCAGCCUUUGUGUUGGCACACUAUACAAUUGCAAGGGGUUCAUGGUCUCGGUCACUGAUGGAGGUGACGGGAUACUCUCUUGACGAUCUCAUGCCGUGCGUCAAUGAUCUACACGAAACUUACCUCAACGCUGGCCAGCAUGCCCAGCAGUCCGUGCGGGAAAAGUACAAGGGCUCCAAGUACCACGAAGUCUCCCUCAUUGAGCCUCCUGGGAAACUGUUCCUGAAUUGAUUUUUGUAAUAAAAACACAGAAUGCAUUUAUGCAGAUUUUUAUAUGCAGCUUUUGUCCCACACCAUCAGAAUUUCUAUAACAGGAACCAUAUCCUUUUUGUCCAGGGGGCAGACAGGCAGAGGAAUUGACUUUAGUGCUUUUCUUUUACUGUACAUUCGUAUGUGCAAUCCUGUAGAUUAUUUUAUUUUUUACUUUUUCUAAUUUUUAUGCUUGAUUCAACCAGAAAUUUGUAAACCUAGUUAAUCAAGCACCUUUUUAAAUUCCAUGUUUGUCUGUCCCUUACUUGGGGUGCUUGAACAUCUUCCUGGUGGGCGUUAACUGUGCUACUUGAAGCUGUAAAACUGGCUGUAAAUUUAAUCUUUUUGUAAUAAAGACGCCCCAGAUAUACUCCUCA